AUGAACGUAGUUGCGUUUCUAAAGGAGUUUAAAAAGGCGAGAAGAGAAGUUGGUGGCGGUAGCUCCCUCAAUAGUGCAGAGGUUGCAGGUGCUGCUGGAAAUACAACUACUUUCUCUCGGAAGGCAACACCACCUGAGCAGAUUUCUUCUCAGGAUGACUCAGAGGAGAGUGAGCAUAGCGUUAGCGAUCAUGACAACGAGCAUACCCAGCACUACUCAUAUAGUGGUAAGAGGCAAAGGUAUGAUCGAUUUUGGACGCGCAAAGAGGAUGCAGGGCUGGCUGAUUUGCGCGAGUCUUUCGCGGAGAUAAAGACGUAUCGAACGAAUCAGUGUGUAGAGGCGGUCGGGAAAAUUUUUGAUGCGACGCGUCAACGUGCAACUCACUCUGUUGUUUCACGAGUAACAACCAAAAAGGGCGAUAAAUCGACAUUCAAUAAGCUACGCGACGAGCUUUUGCAGAAAAAAAACUCUCUUAGUCGGUCAUUGGUGAUACAGGCACCCACUGAGCCGCAUUCUGUGGAUGAGUCUCGGGGUGGUGCAUUAUACACGGACACCGAGGCUCUGCUGGUUGGGAUAGAUGACCUUCUUGCCACUGAUACCGCGACUGUGGACACGUCUCCUUUUGCCGUGAUGAACCGCGUGACGGAAGUGUCGGCUGAAAGUGAUAUUAAAGCGGUUACAGUUACAUCUCAAAAUAUCAAAGAACAGGUGCAGUGCGCUCUUGACGAGGCGCAAAUGUGCCCAGAGAAACCCAGCACUGAAAGAGUAAGUUUGUUUGCUCGAGCAAAGAUGUAUGCGAGUGCGGCUGCUUCUCGUACGAAGACAGAAUCAGAAGCUCUGAAUAUUCGAAGAUUUUCUAAUUAG